GUACCGUGAGAGCUACCGAGGCCCUUUUCGGAAAACCUCUGAAAACCGUCUCAGUUGAGCUGUUUUCGCGGUGAGAGACGCUGGAGGGUCGACGCCAUGACUUUGAACCAGAACCACUCAGAGUCUGGCGGAGUCAUCAUCAACAACAGUGAGAGUGUGUUGAUGUCCCAUGACAAUGUGGAGCUUGUCUUCUGCGACGCGGACAGUCUGCCUGAAGCCUUCAGAAAGAGCAAGAAGGGCAGCGUCUACCUAACGCCGUACAGGGUAAUCUUCGUGGCCAAAGGACGGGACGCCCUGCAGUCCUUCAUGAUGCCGUUCUACCUGAUCAAGGGCUGCGAGAUUAAACAACCCGUCCUGGGGGCCAAUUACAUCAAGGGUACUGUGAGCGCGGAGCCCGGCGGUGGCUGGGAAGGAGGCGCCACGUUCAAGCUCGUCUUCGCCGCCGGCGGGGCCAUAGAGUUCGGCCAGGCCAUGCUGCACGUGGCAGCUCAGGCUUCUAAAGGCCAACCUGUGACCGCUGCCUUCGGUGGCUGCCCUUUCAUGGCUAACGGAGGCUACGCUUAUCCUCCUCCUCCUGCUAACGGAAUGUACCCUCAAGGACCUCCACCCAGCUACUCCUACCCCAACCCUCCUCCUCCAGGAGGAUUCUACCCAAGUCCUCCGGCCUUCGACGCCUCUGCCAGCUAUGUUCCCCCGCCUCCGUAUUCUGCUCCUCUGGGUCAGCAGUCGCCACGUGACCCAGACCUCCCCUCCUCAGCAGCAGCGGAGGCCAAAGCAGCAGAAGCAGCAGCGACCGCCAGCUGCCCCCCUCUGCCUCCUUCACACGUCUACCUGCCACAGGACAAGCCUCCACCCUACUCCCCCCCAGAGGACAAGAAGAAUCAGUAGACGUGCUUGAUCAGAUCCUAAAUCCUACUGGACCGCGUCUUCUUCUCAUUCCAUUGACCGGACAUCAGGAGAGCUUCUGUCCGUUUUCCCUGCUCAGCGUGUCGUCUCCUCCCAGUCUUCCUUCUAACCUUCUAACACUCCUUUUCUCCCCUCCUCAUUGCUUUAAUGUCUCCCUUUCUGUGGUCAGCUUGGUUCUCCUCAGAAGCACCUUUACUUCGUGGAAAGAAGCGAAGAACAAGUGUUGGCAGCCAAAGUGGUCCCAGUCUGGGGGCUUGUUGACAGGACCUGACCGGUGUCUUUAGUGUUCGUUGCCUUCUCAAGUGUCCCAUGAAUCCUUGCCCACCUUAAACCCUAGAUGUGACGUGAUUUGCUUGGCUAAGAUGGCCAGAGGCAAACUGAACGCAGGCUUAUUUUUCUAUUAUUUGUGUGUACAAGGUUUUUAGAGAAGAUAUUUUCUCGAGAACACUAACGUAAAAUAUGAAGUAGCUUUUGUAAAAAAAAAAAAAAAAAAAGAGCAGAAUUGUGUGUUUCGACAUGCUUUAGUGGGCAAAAAGAUUAGCGCCCCCAGCAGUGGAUCCCUGAUCCGGGAUUAGAGGGUGGUCCAGGAGAGGAUUAUCCUUUCAAUGUGCGGGAGCAGACCACUCAGCCGAUGAUGUCACUUCCUGUUUGGUCGCGCUUAGACUACACCUUCACCGGCUUCACCUUUCAUUCCUCUGUCGUCCAUUUAUUUAUUUAUUUUUUUCAGACGGUAACGUCUCAAGUUUCUGUGCUCCUGAUCUUAACUCGCCGGUUUCAGUGCGACCGGAGCGUCUCAGUAUCUGCGCUUCGGUUCUUCCUUCCUCUGUGGUCAUUUAUCUGUAUCCUGUCUCUGUGGCACACCAGCUGCUGAUUCUUUGCACUUUUAGAAUGCUAUGCAUCAGGCUACAGUUCGCUCUGUCAUGGCUGGAUGUACAAUACAGCUCUGUAUUUAUUUCAAACUAAUUUAUUGAACAGUAACAAACUGGGAAUAAAAAAAAAGGCAUGAUCUCAACAAGCAUGUGUGCAUUAGAUAGGAUUUUAAUAAAUAGCACUUAACUCAUGAAA